AUGGCAUAUUCCGUCCUCGCCACAUUGCCACCAGUUUUCGGCCUUUACGCUUCAUUUUUCCCGCCCUUGUUUUAUUUCCUAUUCGGCACAUCGAACCACAUUUCAAUCGGUGUGUUCUCGCUGACAUGCAUAAUGACUGGUCAGGCUCGAUUGUCAAUUUUAUCUGGUGAUGUCAAUGGAACUACUGCAACUGAUUAUGAAGGAAUCCAUGAUCUAACACCGAUUGAUGUCGUUGUACUGCUUGCUUUCCUUACUGGUAUCAUACAGCUAAUGAUGUGGGUUCUACACCUGUCAUUCUUAUCGACAUAUCUGACUGAUUCGGCAGUGACCGGGUUGACUGUUGGUGCAGCUAUCCACGCCAUGACGGCUCAGGUCAAAGGACUACUCGGCAUCACACUACGGCACACCUCCAGCGGUUUUCUUCAGCUAUUCGGGAAGUGGUACGCCAUAGUGGAGGGAUUGCCCAACACAAACCUCGUCACUUUAGCCAUAUCCGUUUCUACGAUCACAUUUCUCGUGCUUUAUAAGAAAAUUGUCGAGCCUGUGCUGAAGAAAAAGAAUAUUUCUCUUCCAGCGGAACUUCUUGCGCUUGUCGUCAUAACAUUUAUAUCAGCAAUGGCUCAUUUCCACGAUCGAUUCGGAGUAAUCAUCGUCGGUGAUAUCCCAACCGGACUGCCUCCACCGAAAGCGCCACGCUUCGAGGAGAUAUUGGUCGAGCGUUUGAUAAUUCCUGCUGCUAGUAUCGCUGUUGUGGCUUAUGCUGUUACCGUAUCCAUGGGGAAAUUGUUCGCUCGAAAACACAAAUAUCACAUCAACCCAAACCAGGAGAUACUAGCACUUGGAAUUGCUAGCACCAUUUCGUCGUUUUUCUCGGUGCUUCCUACGUCCACUUCAUUAUCAAGAAGUCUUGUAAACGAAGGAGCUGGAGCUCGCACACAGUUAUCCGGUAUGGUAGCGUCCGCUGUGAUUCUCUGUGUGAUUCUGGUGAUCGCUCCACUUCUCAGUGCGUUGCCGAUGUGCGUGCUGAAUUCAAUCGUCGUCGUGGCUCUGUCCUCCCUGCUGUCUAAAAUCACCGAGUUGAAAUAUCUAUGGCGAUUCUCCAAAUCGGAU